AUGAAAUUUUUAGUGUCAGUUUUAUUUUUCAUUUAUUUUAUAAAUAGUUUUCGUGUUAAUGGAAUUAAUCAUUUAUUUAUGUGUGAUUUUUAUUUCAAUCCUGCAAAAUCUAUUAAGCCAAUUUUAGUAGGGAAACAUGAUGAAACUGAAGAAGUCGGGUGUACAAUAAAUAAUCCAAUUUUAGGAGAAAUAGUUUUUUUAAUAUGUCCAAAAAGAAAAGAGGGAGACUAUGAAAAUAUGGAAUUAGUUCCUUCUAAUUGUUUUGCUUCCCAUCUUUAUUCCCCUUAUACUGCAGGGAAGAAUGAAAAAGAUAUUGAAAAACUAGAUAUAGAUAAAAAAUAUACUCACAGCUUUUCUUACGAUGAUUAUGAAAUUAAAACUUUUAGAGUACCAAGUAUUUAUAAGCACAAUAAAACUAUCUAUUGUAGAUGUGAUAACAGAAAAACUGAAAAAGAACAUAACGAUAAAGAAAAAUUUCAAGGAAAAACAGGGCUAGUUAAAAUAAUCCUCAGUGAAAAGAUAGAUAAUUCAAAUAUUCUUGAUUUUACAGAUUCUAAUAUAUCUAAAAACAAAAAUAUUAAAGUAAAUGGAACGAAUUAUGAGAUAGAUUUAGUAGAAAAUAAUAUAUUUAGUGCUCGAAUUGAGAACAUAAAAGACGGAAAUUUUGAAAAUUGUAAUGAUAUGUUAUAUGUGAAAUUUAAUAAAAUAGAUGAAAAUGAUUUUUCUAUAAGAACUCCCACAAUUUUUUUUGAGGAUAUUAAUUGCAAAGCCACAUUUAUAUCUACUGAAAAUAAAACUUUUACAAUUGUUAUGAAGGCCAGUAAAACAGAAAAUAUAGAAGGUUGCGAUUUUACUAAACCUAAUGGAGAUGGUAUAUAUAAACAUGGCUUUGUUUUAAAUGAUAUAUCAGAUAAUGAAAAAAUAUGUACAGCUUAUAUUGGAUCAAGUAAAAAAAAAAUUGUUGCUGGUAUUAAAUGUCCUUACAAAUUAAUCCCCACAUAUUGCUUUAGACAUGUUCUUUAUGAAAAAGAAAUUAGUGGAAAUAAAGUUUUUAAAACAUUUUUAUUAGAAGAUAUUUUAGGGUUUAGAGAUAUAGAAUACUACAGUAACAUUAAUAAUGGAAGUUAUAUUGUUGGGUUGCCUAUCAAAUCAGAAAGAUAUGCAGCUGUUAGAUGUAUUUGUGAAAAUAACGGAAAGAGGGGAAUAAUGGAAUUAAAAAUUGCUUCUAGUUAUACAAGUUUUAUUAGUUUUAUUUUGUUAUUUAUUACCAUCAUUCUUUUAUAUUUAUCUUAA